UACCAAGCAGAUAAUUUAAGUGACGCCCUGAAAAAGCUGAAGAUAACAACAACUGACAGCACAGCAGAUAGCUUGGAGGGAUGCUUGGACUGUCUGCUUCAAGCUCUGGCACAAAACAAUAUGGAGACAAGUGAAAAAAUCCAGAAAAGUGGAGUUCUUCAGGUGUUCGCAAGUCUGUUGACGCCACAAUCUUCCUGCACAGCAAAAGUAGCUAACAUCAUAGCAGAAGUAGCCAGAAAUGAAUUUAUGCGGAACCCAUGUGUGGAUGCUGGGUUGAUCCCUCCUUUGGUGCAGCUGUUAAACUGCAAAGACCAGGAAAUAUUGCUUCAAACAGGACGUGCCCUGGGCAAUAUAUGCUACGAUAGCCAUACCCUGCAGUCACAGCUUAUCAAUAUGGGUGUUAUUCCUACAUUAGUGAAAUUGUUGGGCAUUCAUUGCCAAAAUGCAGCUCUGACAGAGAUGUGCCUUGUUGCAUUUGGCAAUUUAGCAGAACUUGAGUCAAGUAAAGAGCAGUUUGCCUACACAAACAUUGCCGAAGAGCUUGUGAAACUGUUCAAGAAACAAAUAGAGCAUGAUAAAAAGGAGAUGAUUUUUGAAGUUUUGGCUCCCCUGGCAGAAAAUGAUGUCAUUAAACUGCAGCUGGUUGAAGCAGGCUUGGUGGAGUGCUUACUUGAGAUCGUCCAGAAGACUGUGGACAGUGACAAAGAGGAUGAUAUUGCAGAGCUUAAAACAGCUUCUGAUCUUAUGGUUUUAUUAUUGCUUGGAGAUGAAUCCAUGCAAAAGUUGUUUGAAGGAGGAAAAGGCAGUGUGUUCCAAAGAGUACUUUCAUGGAUUCCGUCCAACAGCCAUCAGCUACAGCUUGCAGGAGCAUUGGCUAUUGCAAACUUUGCCAGAAAUGAUGGAAACUGCAUCCAUAUGGUGGAUAAUGGCAUAGUUCAAAAGCUGAUGGAUCUGCUAGACAGACACGUGGAAGAUGGAAAUGUAACCGUGCAGCACGCUGCACUGAGCGCUCUCAGAAACCUGGCUAUUCCUGUUGUAAAUAAGGCUAAGAUGCUAUCAGCUGGUGUUGCAGAAGCUGUAUUGAAAUUCCUCAGAUCGGAGAUGCCCCCUGUUCAGUUCAAGCUGCUGGGAACAUUAAGAAUGUUAAUAGAUGCACAAGCAGAAGCAGCUGAACAGCUGGGCAAAAACGUAAAACUGGUGGAACGAUUGGUGGAGUGGUGUGAAGCCAAGGAUCAUGCAGGUGUGAUGGGAGAGUCCAACAGACUACUUUCUGCACUUAUACGACACAGCAAAUCAAAAGAUGUAAUUAGGACCAUUGUACAGAGUGGUGGCAUCAAGCAUUUAGUAACCAUGGCAACCAGUGAACACGUAAUAAUGCAAAACGAAGCUCUUGUUGCGCUGGCAUUAAUAGCGGCUUUAGAGUUAGUCACUGCCGAAAAGGAUCUCGAAAAUGCUCAGCUUGUUCAGAUUCUACACAGGUUGCUCUCAGACGACAGGAGUGCUCCAGAAAUAAAAUACAACUCCAUGGUGCUGAUCUGUGCCCUUAUAGGAUCUGAACCUCUUCAAAAGGAAGUGCAGAGCAUGGCAUUUCUAGAAGUCGUGUCAAAACUCCGCAGCCAUGAGAACAAAACUGUUGCCCAGCAGGCCUCGCUAACAGAGCAGAGACUUGCUGUAGAAAGCUGAGGAAGGUCUUGUUUCCAAGUGCAUCCCAUCACAGAUUUCACCUUUGUCCUCCGUCCUGCUGCCGCUCCCGCUAUGUUUUCCACUGUAUCACUCGUGCAUGCGUGUAAUGUCCCCACACAAAUUGAUGAACUGCUGUAGGUACCCGUCCAAAAAGGUUUCUACAAAUUCAUAGGUGGUGUUAACAUGAACCUGUCUCCACCCGUAACUGUUCUACUUGUAUUCUUGUUGCUUGGGCCACAUAGUAGAAUGUGCAUGUUGUAGUCCUAUGAUGACGUAGAAGUGGUACUACACGAUGACUCUUUCCUCACGCCCCCUAACUGCAUAACGAUGUACUACUAAAUUAGGGACAAUACAAGACGCAGCAAGUCCAGACUAGUGUGCUGACUGUAGGAUUAAGAAGUAAAUCUAGCUCCAUUUUUGGUGCUUUGGAGAUUCAGGUUUGAAUGCAAUGUACUGCUGCUCAUUCACUGGUCUUGCCUAUUAAUGUCAAACUCGUGGUACCUAGAGGUAACAAAUAAAAAUUUCAGUGCUCUCACUUUA